GUCUUCCUUUUUUAUGUAUGCCAACCUACUUCUUCUUCUUCUUCAUGGUGCAGUAUCAGUAGAAGAGCUGCGGGCUGCCCCAUUCACCGAUGUGACCCUUUCUUGCCAUUUCUCCUUUGUGGAGAGCACAGAAAAUCUGGAGUUUUCUUGGGAAAGAGAAGACAUCAGAGAGGAAUACUUUGUAGACAACGAUGAUGACUAUUACCGCUUUUUCAGGUACUAUGACUUCUUCGAAGUUUUCACAAAAUUGGUUUACUACUUUCAUGACAACAAAGAACAGCUAGAAGAUCAAAAUCCCUUGUAUGAGGGACGAGUGUCGGUGGACAGGGAUGAAAUUUCAGAGGGGACUCUGUCUCUUCUGCUAAGAAAUGUGGAUUUCCUGGAUGAAGCAAUCUACAAGUGCUCAGCCAUCACGCCAGAUGGAAGAGGAGAAAGUUCAAUUAAGCUAAUAGUAGAAGACUUUGAAAUGCCCCAGGUGCAGUUCUCCCAGAUUGAUGAUGAGGAUGUGGCUACGUGCAUCUCCAAGGGCUGGUACUUCACACCCAAUGUGACCUGGAUGGAUCGGAAAGAGAGGGACCUGAGCAACCACAGUACUGUGGAGGUCCUGGAGGAGCAGAUGAAUGGCUCGUUCAGGGUGUUCACCGUCCUCAAAUACCCUGUCAAGUUACAUGAGAUAUAUGUCUGCCGCAUAGCAGAGGCAGAUGAGAACCACCGACCUUUUAGAGUCAUCCGGAAGUUCCCAAAGAAAAAGUAUCCUGGAUCCUACGGCUACUAUUAAGAGAUUUUAAUUACAUCUACUCAAGGACCUGAUUUGCCCUUACGCAAUGGAGCCCUGGUUUCUCUUGUGGACAAUGAUCUUUUUGUCUUAGACAUCAUGAAAGAAAAAAAAAGAGAUAAAAAGAAACAGAGAGAGAAAGGAAGGAAGGAAGGAAAGAAAGAAAGAGACAGACAGAGAAAGAAAGAAAGAAGAAAGGAAGGAAGGAAGGAAGCAAGCGAUCAGGUCUAGUGUGCUACCAGUUAACCAAAAUGAGAGGAGCUCCCAUAAUAUGCCUCUCUCAGGUCUGUAUGAUGAAGUCUUGUGUUUUUAUUUCUAUUUCUGUUUUAUUAAAUGGAUACUUUUAUUGGAUC